AUGGAUCAGGCUAAGUUGGCUAAGAUGCAGGCCUCCGUGCGCAUUGGCAAGGGUACCCCCCGCCGCAAGGUCAAGAAGGUUACCCGUAACUCCGGCGCCGACGACAAGAAGCUGCAGGCCACCCUCAAGAAGAUGAACGUCCAGCCCAUCCAGGGCAUCGAGGAGGUCAACAUGUUCAAGGAGGACGGCAACGUUAUCCACUUCGCCGCUCCCCGCGUCCACGCCUCCGUCCCCUCCAACACCUUCGCCCUGUACGGCAACGGCGAGGAGAAGGAGCUCACCGAGCUCGUCCCCGGUAUCCUGAACCAGCUCGGCCCCGACUCCCUGGCCUCCCUCCGCAAGCUCGCUGAGAGCUACCAGAACAUGCAGAAGGCCCAGGGCGGUGACAAGAAGGAUGAUGAUGAGGAUGAUAUCCCCGACCUCGUUGAGGGCGAGAACUUCGAGAGCAAGGUUGAGUAA